UGGUGAUGAACAGAAACAAUUCUCUCUUUUUCCUCCAUUAAUAUUUCCCCAUCUUUCUCUAUAACAAAUAUAUCUACAUAUACACACAUAUAUAUAGAUAUAAUUGUGUAUGACAAUUACCAUUCCAAGUAAAGGUAUGAAAAUACCUUGGAAGGUGGUGUCUACCAUUGCUGCAUUAUUAUUGGUCUUGUUUUGUUUUAGCAUCCAGACAUGUAACGCUCAGGAUUACGGCGAUGACUCAUUAUCACCGCCUGCGCCACCUGCACCACCACCAGAACAAGAAAAUUGCAAUGGCAUCUUCCUUUCAUAUAACUUCGAGUCGAGAGAGAAGGAAUACCCUCUUGUGAAGAACGUAUCUGCACAAGCAUGGAAAUUCAAGUCCACGGCGACGAUCGUAAACGCCGGGGCAGACGAGCUCAAGGCCUGGAAGAUGUUCAUAGGGUUCCAGCACGACGAGAUACUGGUGUCGGCUACGGGGGUUUCUGUGGUGGACGGGGAUGGCUUCCCGGCUAAAGUCGGGAAUGGAACCCACCUUGUUGGAUACCCACAGACCAAUUUGAAGACGGCUAUUGAUACCGCCGGGGAUUUCGAACAGAUGUCGGUGAAGAUAGAGAUGACUGGAACGCAGUUUGGGGUGUCCCCCUCCGCCACUCCGUUGCCCAAGACUAUAAGGCUUGAAAACGAGGGGUUCAAGUGUCCCGCACCAAAGAAAAAUCCCAGCGGCAUGAUUGUUUGCUGUAAGAAGGAUCCAAAGUUCAAGCCCAAAAAUGUUACAACAAAAUUCAUGCCUCGCCAGUAUGGCGAUCUCUCCCUCACCUACGACGUAACACAAGCAUUCGAAGGCAACUACAUGGCUCAAGUAACCAUAGACAACAACCAUCCGCUUGGCCGUCUUGAUCACUGGAACUUGACCUGGGAAUGGAUGAGAGGAGAGUUCAUUUACAGCAUGAAAGGAGCUUACACUCACAAAAAGGACUCCUCUGAGUGCAUUUACGGCGCAGCCGGAAAAUACUACAAGAGCAUGGAUUUCACUCCGGUCAUGAACUGCCAGAAAAAGCCGGUCAUCUCCGAUCUCCCUCCCGAGAAAGAAAAUGACCAAAAAAUAGGAAAAAUACCAUUUUGCUGCAGGAAUGGGAGUAUUUUACCAACCACCAUGAAUGAGACCAAGGCAAGAUCCAUCUUCCAAUUGCAAGUCUUUAAGAUGCCUCCUGACCUGAACCGGACCGCCUUUAAUCCCCCCAUGAACUGGAAAAUCGACGGUGUUCUCAAUCCCGACUACAAAUGUGGUGCUCCGAUUAGGGUAGAGCCUACCGAAUUCCCGGACACAAGUGGUCUUGCGGCUACUUCUUCAGCAGUUGCAACUUGGCAAGUGACAUGCAACAUUACCAAGCCUAAGCCUAAGGCCAAUCGGUGCUGUGUUACCUUCUCCGCUUACUACUCUGACGCAGCAGUGCCUUGCAACACCUGCGCUUGUGGCUGUCAAGAGACUAAACAUUGCAAUGCCAAUGGCCGUGCGUUGCCUCUCCCUCCGGAAGCUCUUCUUGUGCCUUUCGACAACCGGACACUGCUAGCAAAAGCUUAUGCCUCACUUAAGCACCAACAAGUCCCUAAAAAAAUGCCUUGUCCAGAUAACUGUGGGGUGAGCAUUAACUGGCACAUUGACACUGAUUUCAAUACGGGGUGGACGGCUAGGAUGACGCUAUUCAACUGGGAUGCAUUCCCAUUUGAAGACUGGUUCACUGCCAUUCAGAUGAAAAAGGCUUUUCGUGGUUAUGAAAAUGUGUAUUCCUUCAAUGGUACAAAGUUGCCUAAGCUCAACAACACCAUCUUCUUCCAAGGUUUAAAGGGAUUGAACUAUUUGGUGGGAAUAACAAAUGGGACUAAUCCUAUAAAUCUGAGAGUGCCCGGUAAGCAGCAAACAACCAUUUCCUUCUUGAAAAAGAACACGCCCGGCAUAAAUGUAGCAAAAGGAGAUGGUUUUCCUACAAGAGUGAUCUUCAAUGGUGAAGAGUGCGCACUUCCUACCCAUCUUCCUACAAGAAAUGGUGGUCGAAGAUCUCCUGUUAAUUUCGUGCUAACCAUUUUCGUCAUGGUUGUGACCUUCGUGCUGAUCAUGGAUAGCUCCUCCCAUUGAUGACCAUUCAGAAAAUUUGCAUCAAUUCUGUUUUCAAAUUGUAGGUAGAGAUAAAGUUGUGCACUUGGUCUGGUGGAUAUAUAGAGUACACGAGAAGAACUAGACCACGAGUUUAACUUGAUUUGCAGAAGCAGAUGUGGACAUCAGAUCGCAAAAAUUGAAGGCAUUACAGUUCUUUGUAUGAAUUAAUAAUAAACUACUAGCAGUUAUGGUA